UGAGGAAUUGUGGUUGUGGUCAAAUCACAGCCAAAUUUUCCAACAGGUUUUUUUUCAUUAGGAAACACAUUACUGCUGUGAUAUAGUCGACAGUGCCCUCCGUCAUAUAAAUAUAAAUUUCCAGCAGAACAGAACGUGGAUCAGUACUACCCUACCCGUCAAUAGGAGAGUGUGAAAACUGUUUUAUAAUAGUUACGUUCAUAGCAAAUUAUUCGCUCGAAAGUUAGUGCCAGGAGGGAAAAACCGUGUGACAAGAUCGAGAUAGUGAAAUUGGUAAAAUAACCAACUCAGCAACAGACGGAAUACCCGCUUAAUCAUCGCCAAUUGCACCUUAGAGUGAAACAUGCCAGCAACCAAAGAAGCCAGUUCGGGUCCAAAUACAAUCCCCGAAGAUAAAAAAAAUGUUGAAAGGCUUUCGGACAGGCUUGCACACUGCAGCUGGAAUAAAGACCCUGUUGAUACCAAACAAAUGGCAGAACGCGUGAAAGUUUAUCCCGACAUUCUGCAUACUAUUGGAAACACACCCCUUGUUGAACUGAAGAAAAUCCCAAAGGAGGAAGGGAUAAAAUGCCGCAUGUUUGCAAAAUGUGAAUUCCUGAAUCCCGGUGGAUCGGUCAAGGAUCGCAUUGGAUUCCGAAUGGUUUUAGAAGCGGAGUCAAGAGGAAUUUUGAAGCCUGGCUCUACUGUUAUCGAACCUACAUCGGGAAACACAGGCAUCGGGUUGGCAAUGGCUUGUGCAGUGAAGGGCUACAGAUGUAUCAUUGUCAUGCCCGAUAAAAUGUCUAACGAAAAAGUAGCCGCUCUUCGUGUCCUUGGCGCUGAAAUCAUUCGAACACCUACUGAAGUUCCGCACGAUCAUCCAGAAAGUUUGCUUUCUGUUGCUUACAGUCUCCAAAAAACAAUACCAAAUGCAGUGAUCCUGAAUCAGUACACAAACUGUGGUAACCCAUUGGCUCAUUACGAUGGAACUGGUCCUGAAAUUUUAUGGCAAUGCGAUAAUAAUGUCGAUAUGGUCGUAAUGGGAGCAGGCACUGGAGGAACUGUAACGGGAACUGGUAGGAGGAUUAAAGAGGCCCUCCCUAAUUGUAAGAUCGUAUCAGUUGACCCACAUGGUUCAAUCCUUGCCGAACCUGACCAUUUGAACCACAUGGAACUACCAUUCUAUGAAGUUGAAGGCAUCGGCUAUGAUUUCUUGCCUGACGUUCUUGACCGUAGCGUUGUUGAUCAAUGGAUCAAGGUCGGAGACAAGGAAUCAUUUUUAAUGGCUCGGCGAUUGAACCUUGAAGAAGGUUUGCUUUGUGGUGGUAGUAGCGGAUCUGCAAUGCACGCUGCCAUCGAAGCGGCAAAAGAAUUAAACGAAGAUCAAACAUGUGUUGUAUUGCUCCCUGAUGGCAUUCGUAACUACAUGACUAAAUUCGUCACAGAUAACUGGAUGGAAGCUCGUGGUUACAAAGAACCGGUUAACACAUUCAAUUCGUGGUGGUGGGAUCAUAAAGUAACUGAAUUGAGCCCGAAAGUUCCAAAAACAUUCACAACAGCUCUCACCUGUGCGGAAGCUUUGCAAUACAUGAAGGAAAACGAUUUGGAACAAAUCCCAAUUCUUAAGGAUGACGGAGCAAUUAUGGGUGCUGUUACACUCUCAGCCUUAACGUCCCAAAUUGUUAGCCAAAAUAUGCAACCAUCUGAUUCCGUGAAAAAGGCUGUCUACAAAAAAUCUAUUAAAGUAUACGAAGAUGUAAAUCUGGGUAAAGUAGGACGCAUUCUAGAAACUGAACCUUUUGUUUUCAUCCUUUCACAAAAAGAUGAUCUCAUUGGAGUAGUGACAUCCAAAAAUUUGCUUGGCUUCAUAAUCGCUAAUCAGAAAUCAAAUGUUGCUGCAAAUGGAAAUAGCCGUUAAUUAUUAUCCAUAGUUAUUAUAAUAUGCAAGUUUAACUAAAUUUUUUGUUUGUUUGGUGUUUAUACUGUCACUACAGUUGAUUUGUGUGUUUUCAAGACUGCUUUGAAUAAAUAUAUUAUACUUAACAGAA